AUCAGGGACAAGGGGACGUGGGGUGGCCUCCCCCCCUCCGUUACGCUGCAGGCAUGUCGCUGCCCUCCGUCUACCAGAACAAGUUUGCUGAGAAGCUGACGAUCCUCAACGACAGGGGCCGGGGCGUCCUCAUCCGCAUCUACAACAUCAAGAAGAGCUGCUCGGACCCCAAGACACGGCCGUCCUUCCUCUGUGACAAAGCUAUGGAGCCCUCCGUCAAGUUCAUCAACAAGAAGUUUCCUAACCUGGACGUGAGGAGCAGCACGCAAUACCUGGGACCGGUGCACAAGGAUAAGGGGGACAUCGUCCGUGUGCUGGGACCCUAUUACUACUCCUUUGUGGAUGUCCUGGAAUUCAGGGACCACGUCUAUGAGUUGCUGAACACCAUUGAUGCCAACCAGUGCUUCUUUGACAUUCACGUCAACUAUGACUUCACCAAGAGCUACCUGGACCUGAUUGUCACCUACGUGUCCCUCAUCCUGCUGCUGGCUCGCACUGAGGACCGCCGGCUGCUCAUUGGCAUGUACCACUGUGCUCACGAGAUGAGCCACGGUGCCAGCGAUUCCAGCUUUGCCCGCCUGGGCCAGAUGGUGUUGGAAUACGACCACCCCCUGAAGAAGCUGACAGAGGAGUUUGGGCCACACACCAAGGCUGUCACCAGUGCGCUCCUGUCCCUCCAUUUCCUCUUUGCACGGAGGAACCAGGGCUGUGAGCAGUGGCGCAGUGACCAACUCCUCAGCCUGCUCAGCACUGCUGGCACCAUGCUGAGCCCUGCCAGCUCCGACACCAUGGCCUGCGAGUACCUGUCCCUGGAGGUGAUGGAACGCUGGAUCCUGAUGGGGUUCCUGGUGUGCCCGGGGGCUCUGGGGACGUCCCCGCAGUGCCUGGAGCUGUGGAGGUUGGCACUGCAGGGCUCACUCUACGUCACCCUCCUCCGUGACGAGGCCCUACAGAUCCACAAGGUCACCGAGGAGCUGCUCAGCAGCCUCAAGGGCUAUGGCAAGCGGGUGGCUGAUCUCAAGGAGUGCAAGGAACACGCCGUGGCUCACAGUGGAUCCCUGCACCGGGGUCGGCGGGUUUACCUGCGUGGGGCCGUGCGUGAGCUUGAGGCGCUGCUGGAGGAUCAGCCUGGGCUGCUGGGACCCAAGGCUCUCUUCGUCUUCAUGGCACUCUCGUUCUGCCGAGAUGAGGUGAGCUGGUUGGUGAGGCACGCUGAGCACGUCACCAAAACCAAGACGCCGGAGGACUUUGCUGACAACUGUAUUGCAGAGAUCCUUUUCCUCAUGGAGCAGCUGCGGAGCCUGGUGCGGCGGCAGGUCGGCGUGCUGCGGCGUUACCACGUCCAGUACCUGGCCCGCUUCGAUGCUCUGGUGCUCAGUGAAAUCAUCCAGAACCUCUCUGUGUGCCCCGAGGAGGAGUCCAUCAUCCUGUCGUCCUUUGUCAGUUCCCUUUCUUCUCUCUCUGACAAAGGAGUCGAUGAUAAGGAGCAGUUUGAUUUCACGCCGCUCCGCCUGGACUGGUUCCGGCUGCAGGCCUACACCAGUGUGGCCAAGGCUGUGCUGCCACUGAGCACCAACCCCGACGUGGGUCGCAUCAUGAACCUCAUCGUCUUCCACACCAAACUGCUCGAUUCCCUGGAGGAGCUGCUGGCCGAGGCCUCUGACCUCUCCGAUCUGUGUUUCUUCCCUCGCCCCGUAGAGAAGAUGUUUGUGGCAACCAUGGAGGAGCCCUCGAUGCUGCGUUACAGCAUCGCCUUCCCUCUGCUCUGCAACCACUUCUCCCGCUGCGUCCACCCCAUGUGCCCGGAGGAGUAUCCUCAGCUCCAGGCUGCGGCGUUGGGGCUGUGCAACAAAUUCCUGGAGGAAAUGGCUCGUCAGGCCUGCGCCUGCAUCAUGGACGCCUGUGCUGAGCAGCACAACCUCAGUGAGCAGCUGCUGCCCAAGCACUGUGCCUCCACCGUCAGCAAGGCCCGUAACAAGAAGACCUUGAAGCAUCCAUCCAAGAAAGGGGAACCUGAGCGAGGCAAACCAGGGGCUGAGAGCCAGAGGAAGGACAGGACGGUGACCACCAACAUGGACAAGCUGCACCUGACACUGGCUGAGCUGUCCCUGAGCCUCAACCACGUGCCCAACUUCACGGUCUUUGAGCACACGGUGACGCCGGCUGAGUAUCUCAGCAGCCACCUGGAGGCACGCUUCACCAAGGCCAUCGUGGCCAUGGCGUGCUACAGCCAAGCCACGCAGGAGGUGGCUCGUCCCUCCGAGGUGCUGGUGGGUCUGGGUGCCUACAUCACCUUCAUCCAGUCGCUGACACACUUUGUGGGCCUGGACACGGUGCGCAUCAUCCGCAGCGUCCUCCUGCAGCAGACGCAGCCCCGAGACGCCGGCGGGGAGCAGACCCUCACCACCAUCUACACCAACUGGUACCUGGAGGCCCUGCUGCGCCAGGCCAGCACUGGGGCCAUCGUCCUGGCGCCCGCCCUGCAGGCCUUCACCACGGUGCCCCGUGAGGGUGAGCCAUCCUUCAGUGCUGCUGAGUUCUCCGAUGUUUCAGAGAUGCGAGCGUUGGCCGAACUCAUCGGGCCCUAUGGCAUGAAGUUCCUGAGUGACAAUCUCAUGUGGCAUGUGAGCUCCCAGGUCGCUGAGCUGAAGAAACUGGUCAACGAGAACAUGGACACGCUGGUCCAGCUGCGCUCCAGCUCCUGCAAGCCUGAGCAGAUGGCAGCUCUGCUGCCUCGGCUGACCUCAGCCGACAAUGUCCUGAAGAGGAUGACCAUCAUUGGUGAGAUCCUGAGCUUCCGUGCCAUGGCGCAGCAGGGCCUGCGGGAGGUCUUCUCCCACCACUGCCCCUUCCUGAUGGGUCCUAUUGAGUGCCUGACCGAUGUGGUCACCCCUGACACCGACAUCCAGGUCACCCUAAGCAUCUUCGAGCUGGCCUCGGCUGCGGGGAUCCCCUGUGAGAUCGACCCUGCCCUGGUCAACGUCCUCGCUGGCAGCAAGAUGGACGGCUCACCCUCAGAGGAGGACUACAAGGUGGCCUGCCUGCUGCUGGUCUUUGUGGCCGUGUCCCUGCCCCUGCUGGCUUCUGACCCAGCGUCCGUCUACAACACCGAGAUGGAUGGCUACAACAACAACAUCCACUGCCUGGCCAAGGCCAUCAUCCACGUCUCAGCCGCGCUCUUCACCCUCCACAACAAGAACAUCGAGACCCACCUGAAGGAGUUCCUGCUGUUGGCCUCUGUGAGCCUCCUGCAGCUGGGCCAGGAGUCGGACAAGCUGCGCGCCAGGAACCGCGACGCCAUCGCUCUGCUCAUGCAGUUGAUUGUGGCCGAGUCGUCCUUCCUGACGGUGGACAUGUUGGAGAGCUGCUUCCCCUACGUGCUGCUCCGCAACGCCUACAGGGAGGUGUGCAGGGAGAACCUGCUCGGCAGGCUGCCACCCCACUGAGGGCGUCCCUAGGGAUCCUAAAUGCACCCACCCCAUUCCCAAGGACCCCCACCCCAUCCCUGGGAACCUCCAUACGCACCCACCCCAUCCCCAGGGACUCCCACCCCAUCCCCAGGGACCCCCAUAUGCACCAACCCCAUCCCCAGGGACCCGCAUCUCCUGCCUAGGGACCCCCAUAUGCACUUACCCCAUACCCAAGAACCCCAUACCCAUCCCUAGAGACCCCCAAGUGCACCCACCCCAUCCUUAGGGACCCCCAUAUGCACCCACACCAUUCCCAAGGACC